ACGUUGUGGCGUCGUUUAAAUUGUUAAUAUUCAACUCCUGAUCUUCUAGAUUUCGCUAACGUAGACGAAAAUGAAAGGCUAGCAGUACGGUCGAUGAUAAAGUGUUGCGGGAGAAAAUCGGGCGAGAGAUAUUUUUUUUUUAUUCUGUCGUGCCUCUCACGCUACGCGACGAUCUUAUAUAGGGAGAGACAUUAGAGCUAGAGACAUGUCCCGAUAUAUGCUUUUGAAGUGAUCAUACGACUUUUGUGAGAAAUUUGUCGUCGGCUUAGCUGAAGAUGAUGUGCGCGACGAAGUUUUGAGCCUUGUCGUACGAUAUGCAGUCCAUUUAUUGGACCGGGAGGCUGUUGUCUCGGGCGAUAUGGAAUAGCAUAUCAAAUUAUUCGGCAUGCGCGGAUCCCAACGUGAACAAGCGUCGAGAAGCAUCUUUCGUAUCGGCGGUGUGUGGCUUCCCUAAGGAUUUUGCACGAGGCCGUAUACGAAAAGGACAAUUUGGAGAUGACGCUUGGUUCAGUGCCAAAUUCAAGGCUGUUGAAGUAAUUGGUGUAGCCGAUGGUGUGGGAGGGUGGCGACACUAUGGAAUAGAUCCAGGCGAAUUUUCCAGUUUUUUAAUGAGAACGUGCGAAAGGCUAGUCUCGAUAGGCAGGUUCAUUCCUUCAGAACCAGCUGGUUUAUUAGCACGUAGUUACUAUGAACUGUUAGAAAAUAAACAACCAAUCUUAGGUAGCAGCACUGCAUGCGUAAUAAUUCUGAAUAAGGAAACGAGCAGCAUUUAUGCAGCAAAUAUAGGAGAUAGCGGUUUUGUAGUUGUGAGAAAAGGUGAAGUUGUUCACCGUUCUAACGAGCAGCAACACUACUUCAAUACUCCAUUUCAGUUAUCUCUACCACCUCCAGGUCAUUCUGGAUUAGUACUUAGUGACAGUCCAGAAUCUGCAGAUACUUCUAGUUUUGGAGUUGAGGAUGGAGAUGUAAUACUUUUAGCAACCGACGGUGUAUUUGACAAUGUGCCUGACCAGUUGCUAGUUACCGAAAUGCGUAAAAUCGAAGGUGAGAGGGACCCUAGAAAGAUACAGGGUGUUGCUAAUUCGAUAGCUUGGAUGGCGCGUAGUUUAGCUUUUGAUGGAGCAUUUAUGUCACCUUUUGCCCAAAGUGCAAGAGAAAAUGGAAUCGACGCGAUAGGUGGUAAACCUGACGAUAUCACGGUGCUUUUAGCAACGGUGGCAAUCUGAUAUGAAAAUGUGUAUGAUAGAACGUUAAUCAUUGUAUUAUAGUCCAUAUCAUCGCAUAUAUGUAUCUAGUGAUACAUCAUUAUAUUCCAUUAUGAUGAUCAUCUAUUAUUUAAAUUUAAAUAAAUGGUUUUAUAAAUCA